UCUCUCUCUCUCUCUCUCUCUCUCUCAGCGGGCAGGGCCUUCCCUUCGCUUCCCUUCCGCCGGAAGUGGAGUGACUUUCCCUUUCCGGCUACGGGUCCCGGAGCGGAGUGGGAGGCCGGACCGGGGAAGCCGAGCGACGGCGGUGGCGGUGGGCUUGGCCAUGGCGGAGCUGGUGCAGGGGCAGAGCGCUCCGGUGGGCAUGAAGGCUGAGGGCUUCGUGGAUGCCCUGCACCGGGUCCGGCAGAUUGCUGCUAAAAUCGAUUCAAUUCCUCACUUGAAUAAUUCCACCCCCCUGGUGGACCCCUCAGUGUACGGAUAUGGAGUGCAGAAGCGGCCCCUGGAUGAUGGAGUAGGUAACCAGUUAGGGGCCUUGGUACAUCAAAGGGCAGUAAUAACAGAAGAAUUCAAAGUGCCUGAUAAAAUGGUUGGAUUUAUUAUUGGCAGGGGAGGUGAGCAGAUUUCACGAAUUCAAGCAGAAUCUGGGUGCAAAAUUCAGAUUGCCUCAGAGAGUUCUGGGAUUCCAGAGAGGCCCUGUGUACUUACCGGAACCCCAGAAAGUAUUGAACAAGCCAAACGGCUCCUGGGGCAGAUUGUGGACAGAUGUCGGAAUGGACCUGGCUUCCACAACGAUAUAGACGGCAGCAGCACAAUCCAGGAGCUCCUUAUCCCCUCAUCUAAAGUGGGGCUGGUCAUCGGCAAAGGAGGGGAAACCAUCAAGCAGUUGCAGGAGCGGACAGGUGUCAAAAUGGUCAUGAUCCAGGAUGGCCCACUGCCUACAGGAGCAGACAAGCCUCUCCGCAUCACUGGAGAUCCAUUUAAAGUACAGCAAGCAAGAGAAAUGGUCCUAGAGAUCAUCCGAGAGAAAGAUCAGGCUGACUUCCGGGGUGUACGCAGCGAUUUCACCUCCCGAGCCGGAGGAGGUAGUAUAGAGGUGUCUGUGCCUAGAUUUGUUGUUGGGAUUGUCAUAGGAAGAAAUGGAGAGAUGAUUAAGAAGAUCCAGAACGAUGCUGGCGUGAGGAUCCAAUUCAAACCAGAUGACGGGAUUAGCCCAGAAAGAGCAGCGCAGGUUAUGGGCCCUCCAGAUCGGUGUCAGCACGCGGCUCGCAUCAUCAAUGAGCUCAUUCUCACGGCACAGGAAAGAGAGAUCCUUGGAGGCCUCACAGUAGCAAGAGGAAGAGGUCGAGGCCGUAGCGACUGGAGUGUGGGCACUCCUGGUGGCGUCCAGGAGAUUACAUACACAGUGCCAGCGGAUAAAUGUGGCCUUGUGAUAGGCAAAGGGGGCGAGAACAUCAAAAGCAUCAACCAGCAGUCAGGUGCCCAUGUGGAGCUGCAGCGGAACCCCCCUCCCAACACCGACCCUAACCUGCGGAUAUUUACCAUCAGGGGUGCUCCUCAGCAGAUCGAGGUGGCCAGGCAUCUCAUAGAUGAGAAAGUUGGCGGUGCCAGCCUCGGAGCCCCUGCAGCCUUCGGACAGAGCCCCUUCAGCCAGCCACCAGCUGCUCCACAUCAAAACACCUUUCCUCCCAGGGGCUUCCCCAACAUCGCUGCUAAAGUUAACGGGAACCCCCACAGCACCCCUGUGAGUGGCCCUCCAGCUUUUCUGACCCAAGGCUGGGGCAGCACUUACCAGGCGUGGCAGCAGCCUGCACAGCAAGUCCCAAGCCAGCAGAGCCAGCCACAGAACAGCCAGCCCGACUACAGCAAGGCCUGGGAGGACUAUUACAAAAAGCAGAGAGCAGUAGAUGGGCAUCUGCCGCGGCGCUUCCCCGAAAUCAGUGUGAGAGAAACCUGUUUGUUACAGAGAUUUUUAGAUUUGCAAACCUUUCGAUGAAGAUCUUUGUUUUGUUCUGUGAAACACUAUAUUUAGAUUAACAGAAAUUUUCUAAAAAUUGGGAAAAUUAGUUACUAAACAUUGCUGGUAAUUUUUAUGUCAUGAUUUCUUUGUAAAUGUGUAAGCUCUGGAGCUCUUUUGGAGCAAAACCUGCAAGCUCAGGUGCCCGAACUCUCCUCAGAGCCUGACAUUUCAUCAAAUGAUGGGUUUGUCUGUGUCUUUUUAUUUACAGCUUUGGGUGGGUUUGUUGUUGUUGUUGUUGUUGUUGAUGAUGAUGAUGUUGGGUUUUUUGUUUUUGUUUUUCUUUUUUUGUUUUUUUUUUUUUUUCUGUUACAACAGAAAAAAAGGCUUGGAAGUCUUAGAUGGUAAUGUAACAAAUUCUUUAAAAAUGUUUAAGCAGUAUUUAAAUAUUCGUAAAUGUAAAUUCAGUGUUUCACCUCUAAUUUCUUGUAUCUUGGCUGUCUGGUUUUAUUGCAUUUUUUAAAAAACUGAACUAUUAUGUAUUGUAAUUAAUGAUGUGAAUUUUGAACUGAGACGGGUCCUUGUGUUGCGGGAGAGUCAUUUGUGAGUUGUGUCAUUUCUGUCGUUUUGAUGGUGACGCAGAAACACGGUCUACCUUGGUGUAAGCUGCUUGUCUCCGUUACCCAGGGCAGGUGUGUGUCUGAGACCUCCAAGCUGGUUCUAAAACAAAAGCCUUUCUCUAUUCUCAGAAAGAUAAAUACUGUUAUUUUUAAUAUUAAAAAGAAAUUCAAUAUAACUUUUAACAAACACUGUGGACAUUAAACCAUAUAAAAAAUGUAGUAACUAUUUUUUAAUUCCAGGGUGUUUUUUGCUUUUUUCCUUAAAUAUUUUCUUAAUAUUUGUCAAAUUAACUAGAUAAAUAAAUAAAUCUAGUAUUAACAACAGUAUGAGUUAAAUAAUUUUGAUUUAAUAAAAGGGAUAAUAUGAUUUCCAAUGUUUACUGUAGUGUAUCUUGUACAGAUAACAUGUAUUUUUAAAGAAAAAAAACGGAAUUGAAGCUAUUUUUUUCUUGCAUUUUGAAUUGACCUAAGGAACAUUCCGUUUGAAACGCGCUUGUUACAGUUUGCGGUUCUUGUUUUCCUUACGAUGCUUGAAAUGUCUAACUAUUAAAAAGACAUUGGAAAUGUUAUGCAUGUUGUUGUUUUUUAAAGGUGUUCUUUUUAUUUGACUGACAAUUCAUUUUACACUCUAUAUAAUAAAAUUUCCACAAGAUGUCUUGUGGGCAAAGUGUU